AUGACGUUACACGGUUUUUCGGACGCGUCCACGCUUGCAUUAGGUGAAGCAGUAUACGUGACAAUACAUUCUGGGGCUGAAGUGAAAUCGAAUCUAUUACUAUCUAAAUCUAAGGUGGCGCCUCUGCGAGGAGAAACCAUUCCACGUCUCGAACUGCGUGCUGCAGUGCUGCUUAGUGAGCUUAUACAACGGGUAGUGAACAUUUGCAAAACUCAACAUAAUAUAAUGAUCGGCUCGAUCACGGGUUGGUCCGAUUCGAUGGUAGUCCUCUGCUGGUUGAAACGGGGCGAAAGUAGCCUAAAGCAAUUUGUAGCAAAUCGCGUACGUCAGAUCAAUACGAACACAGCUGACUGCGAUUGGAGGUAUGUACCCACGGAUAUAAACCCAGCAGACCUGAUUUCUAGGGGAAUGACAAUGAGGGAGUUGAUUGAGUCCGAACUUUGGUGGCAUGGGCCUGAUUUCCUUCGACAACCCGAGGCUAUGUGGCCAAACCCACCAGAAAGGAUAUCCGAGCAGGUCGAAACGGAAGUUAAGAAUGAAUGUCGACGCGUAAGAAACCGCACAGAUCGGACCAGUGGUCAAAUGGUGGCCAAGGUCAACGCUAUAUAUAUCGAACAAAAGCCAUUAUUAGAGCGUUACUCUUCGAUGAAUCGAUUGAUAAGGGUAACUGCGUGGGUAUUUAGAUUUACACGGAACUGCCGAUCACCAUCGGCCGAAAGGCAGAACCUUCACUUAAGCGUCAAGGAACUCGAACACUCACUUACAUUUUGGAUCCGACAGGAGCAAAGCGACUUCUUUGGGGAUGAUAUCCGAAAGCUCGAGCGCUGGGCUCAGCACCAGCAACCGGUAGAGACCUCGAAGUUGUCCAAUUCAAUUGCAAUUUUGGCUCCGUUUUUGCAAGAUGGCGUACUACGGAUGAGCGGCCGACUGCAAGCGGCAGAUAUACCGGACGUUCAACAAAAUCCAAUCAUAUUACCAGGCAAGGGGAGAUUGGCCCUUUUAAUGGCACGCGCAACACAUGUCAAAUUGCUGCACUGCGGGGCUCAGCAGCUUAUAGCCGCACUAAGACAAAACUACUGGAUCCUCGGCGUGCGGUCGCUAGCGAGAUCAAUUGUCAAAUUGUGUAUAACCUGUGAAAGGCUGCGAGCCAAGACGACCGAACAGAUGAUGGGAAAUCUUCCGGCGUGUCGGGUGCGUCCAGCCCGUCCAUUUGUACAUACGGGAGUCGAUUACGCAGGCCCCAUACAAGUCCGUCCAGAUCGACGCCGGGGAAACGUCGUUAUUAAAGGAUAUAUCGCGGUGUUCGUGUGUAUGGUAUCAAAGGCGGUGCAUUUGGAAUUUGUAUCAGAUUUAUCUACCAAGGCCUUCGUUAUGGCCUUUAUUCGCUUUACGUCGCGCUAUGGGCACUGUCUGCAUCUAUGGAGUGAUAACGGAACCAAUUUUGUUGGCGCAGAACGUGAGUUAAGUAGAAUGCUGCAAACUUGGCAAGCCUCAGACCUCUUCGACCAAUUAUCAGCACGUCAAACCGAAUGGCAUUUUAUUACACUAUCUGCACCGCACCAAGGAGGGCUUUGGGAAGCCGCGGUGAAAGCUACCAAGCACCAUCUCCGACGAGUCAUGGGAGCUCACUUGUUAACGAUCGAAGCCGUACAAACUGUGCUAGCAGAAAUUGGGGCGGUCCUCAACUCGCGUCCAUUGUGCGCCCUGAGCGCUGACCCACAAGACUUAUCGCCCCUUACACCCGGUCAUCUGCUAAUUGGUGAAAGUUUAGUACCUGUGCUAGGGGAGCAAAUACCAGUGGAAUGGCCGGAGAAUCGCCUCGACUACUGGCAAUCUCGGCAACGAAUCACUCAGCGUUUUUGGAAACUGUGGAGCAAUAGCUACCUGCACGAACUUCAACAGCGACCCAAGUGGCGAGAGAGCAGACGGAAUCUCAAGAUAGGCGACUUAGUAGUCAUAAAAAACGAAGCUACGCCACCGACCCUAUGGAAAAUGGGACGAAUCACCGCAUUGCAUCCAGGGAGUGAUGGUCUAGUCCGCAAUGUCACACUUUGGACUGGCAAUGGCUCCAUUAAUCGGCCAGUACAAAAGCUAUGCGUUUUACCUGUAGAACCAAUUGAGCCUCGAGUCACACCGAGUCUCAAGGCCGGAGGAUGUUCAAGCGUGAGAGAGUAA